CAAUUUCAAUUGUUGUUUUAUGCAUAGUAUCGACGGACACCACGAAAGUUCUUUCCUCUUUUCAAGACGGUUAAGAAACAUUUCACUUCAUGGAAUCUGGUCCUGUACCAGUGCAUAAAAAAUCAACGAAACUCAAAAACUCUUGUGAUCACAGUGCGAUUCUCGUUCAAUUAGAUUGCUUKAAGAGUGCAAGAUGGAUCCAACAARUGGAAGCGAUAUACGAAAUGUUCCUACAAUCGAUUUGUCUACAAUUUCGGAGGAAGAUGCUGCAGAAAAAGUCUCCAAGGCUUGCAGUGAGUUUGGUUUUUUCCAAAUAAUCAACCACAGUGUAUCGAAUGAAUUAAUUGAAUCCUAUCUCAAAUGCUGUCGAGAGUACUUCGCGCUUCCUUUGGAAUUGAAGCUUCAGUGGAAACGAAACGAAGGAAACGCGAGAGGAUUCUUUAAUGACGAGCUAACACAACAAAAACGAGAUUGGAAAGAAGCAUUGGAUGUCGGUGUUCCAGGGUCUCGAGACUGGUCUACAGGAGACGACAUUCCCGAAAACAAAUGUCUAGAUGGCUGGAAUCAGUUUCCAACAGAAGAUGUUCUUCCAAACUUUCGACGGWUAGUUUCGAAAUACUUCCAAGAGUUGUCUUUGCUGGCCGAUGAGAUUGCCGUUAUCAUGGCAAAAGGACUAGGUCAAGAUGAGAGUAGUCCCCUUAUACAAGAACUUCGAGAAAAACAUUCAAGUUAUAUGCGAGCGAAUUACUACCCAUUGUGCAACGAAACGAGAGACGACGGGUCGAAACCGCUUGGGAUCUCUCCCCAUCGAGAUGCUGGAUUUUUGACUAUUUUGCUGCAAGAUGCAGAUUGUCAUUCGCUUCAAGUCCUCAAAAAUGACAAGUGGAUAACCAUUCACCCAGCUGGAAAGUUUUCCUUCACAAUCAACACGGGUGAUAUGGCCGAGGUUUGGUCCAACGGACGAUACAAGGCUCCUUUACAUCGUGUGCUGAGCAAUCAAACAAAGACGAGAUAUAGCACCCCUUUCUUUUACAACCCGAGCUAUGAAACAAUCGUGAAGCCCUUGAAGGAUGGGGAACCUGACGAACCCUCCUUAUUCAACGAUGUCCUUUGGGGUUAUUUUCGAGCUGUUCGGUUUGCAGGGGACCUCACUGAUCUCGGAGUCGAAAUUCAGGUGUCGCACUUUCUCAAAGAGAACGAAGAUUGCGCUCAUCAAAGAAAACAAGAAAUAUUUGGCAAGGAAGUCAAUUUCAAUGUUCCGUUUAAUGUGAAGGAAUACUCCGCCCUGUUACUGCAGCGAUGAAGUAUUUGAUCGUGAAGGUAACGACAUCCAGCACUUCCAUUUUGGCUGGCGUACAAUUUUUUUGAUCAAUUUGUUUUUUUGACAUCUACAAACAAAUACCUGAGAUGUCG